GGUCUCCCUCACUUUCCCGCUCUCAAGUCGUAGGCGAAGAGAGUAGCGCAGCUAAUCGUGUUUAUCCCUCAGGAGAUUUGAGUUGUGCGGCCUCCUGUUCGCACGCCUCACCCCGGCCGUCAGGACUUGAAGGCCGCUUCUCUUUCCCGCGCGGUGUGCACUUCCAACCAGCCUAGGAUAAUGGCGACAGCUGAGGUACUGAACAUCGGGAAGAAACUCUAUGAGGGUAAAACAAAAGAAGUCUAUGAAUUGUUAGAUAAUCCAGGAAGAGUGCUCCUGCAGUCCAAGGACCAGAUUACUGCAGGAAAUGCCGCUAGAAAGAAUCACCUGGAAGGCAAAGCUGCAAUCUCCAAUAAGAUCACCAGCUGCAUUUUUCAGUUGUUGCAGGAGGCCGGUAUCAAAACUGCUUUUACCAGGCAAUAUGGGGAGACUGCUUUCAUUGCGCCCCAAUGUGAGAUGAUUCCAAUUGAAUGGGUAUGCCGAAGAAUUGCAACUGGAUCUUUUCUCAAAAGAAACCCUGGGGUACAGGAGGGGUAUAAGUUUUACCCACCAAAAGUUGAGAUGUUCUUCAAGGAUGAUGCCAAUAAUGACCCCCAAUGGUCUGAGGAGCAACUCAUUGCCGCAAAGUUUUGCUUUGCUGGGCUUGUUAUAGGCCAGACUGAAGUUGACAUCAUGAGUCAUGCCACACAAGCUAUUUUUGAAAUCCUGGAGCGAUCCUGGCUGCCCCAGAACUGUACGCUGGUUGAUAUGAAGAUUGAAUUUGGGGUUGAUGUAACCACCAAAGAGAUUGUUCUUGCCGAUGUUAUCGAUAAUGAUUCCUGGAGGCUCUGGCCGGCGGGAGAUCGGAGCCAGCAGAAAGACAAACAGUCUUACCGUGACCUCAAAGAAGUAACUCCGGAAGGACUCCAGAUGGUAAAGAAAAACUUUGAGUGGGUUGCGGACCGAGUGCAGUUGCUUCUGAAGUCGGACAGCCAGUGCAGGGUUGUAGUGCUGAUGGGUUCAACUUCUGACCUUGGUCACUGUGAGAAAAUUAAGAAGGCUUGUGGAAAUUUUGGGAUUCCAUGUGAACUUCGAGUGACAUCUGCCCAUAAAGGACCAGAUGAAACUCUGAGGAUUAAAGCAGAAUAUGAAGGGGACGGCAUACCUACUGUGUUUGUUGCAGUGGCGGGCAGAAGCAAUGGUCUGGGCCCAGUGAUGUCUGGUAAUACCGCAUAUCCAGUUAUCAGCUGUCCUCCCAUCACGCCAGACUGGGGUGCUCAGGAUGUGUGGUCAUCCCUUCGGCUGCCCAGUGGUCUUGGCUGCUCAACUAUCCUUUCUCCAGAAGGAUCCGCCCAGUUUGCUGCUCAGAUAUUUGGGUUGAACAACCAUUUGGUGUGGGCCAAACUUCGAGCGAGCAUACUGAACACGUGGAUAUCCUUAAAGCAAGCUGACAAGAAAAUCAGAGAAUCCCAUUUGUAAAAAAGCAAUUUGGUUUUCAGGAGAAAAGUUACAUAUUCCUAGUUUGGAUUUAAAAAAUCAAGCAAAAAUGAUUUCACAUUAGGGAACAAACAGAUGGUCCUCUAGAUUAAUGGGUUGACUUGUCAGUGGAUGUUAUUAAUGUCUUCUAGCU